CAAGACAACAUAAAGAAAAUGAUGUGAGAUAAGAACCGCAUUAUAAUAAAAACAAUUUCAACUCAUAAUAUCAGUGAUAUUUCUACGAGAAAUAAAGAUAAUAACAUUAAAUUGUGUAAUCUACAACGACUCACAUACACACGACAUAUAUAAGAAGUAGAAGAAAGAUAUGAGAUCAAAAAUGUCAUACUAUAAUGUCAGAAAAGCAGGGUGUCGACUAUUUAACGAUAAAAUUCUUGCUCUGUUAAGUGGAAUCUACACUUUGAAUAUUUCCAUUCUCAUUUUUAUAAUGUUUGGAUGGCAAAUAAAUGCAAAUUUCAAGAGCUAUCAAGAUCUUGGAGACGUUUAUUAUGGCAUUCAAAUUGCACAGAUAGCAAUUAUUGGAACGCAAAUUUCAAUGGCAAUAUUAAGUGUUGUUUUAAUCAUCGGCAUUUAUAAGGAAAAUUCAAAUUUUUUAGUUCCAUAUAUUGUUGGAUUUCUUACAUUGUGGAGUUUAGAAACUAUUGCUUUGCUCUGUGGAGUUGUUACUUCUGAUAGUGACGAUUCAGAGACGACAUCAACAACGAUGUCGAUUUAUUUUGAUGAGAAUGAGAAUCGACUUGUUUAUCCGUAUGUGAACAGCGAUAACAAUAGCGAUGAAAGUUUGUAUCAAACAAAAGUUCAUUGGCAUGAUCCGAUGAAUAAUACUGAAGACAGCGAAUUGGAUUUGGACGCAAGAGUGGAUGAUGAGAAAAUACUUGGCGAUGGAAGUGAUGAAGAUGAUUCAUUGUUGGUUAUUUAUCAUGAUCUCGAUACAAAUGCAGCGUAUUGA